UAGGCUUUGUUCCCAGUCACAGUUCUAUAUAAACCUGGAGAACAAUGGACACUCACUAACGACUCUGACUUGACUAGAGAGACUUGUUCCGAUCCCAGAUUUACAUCAGACUCCUUGUAUACAGAGACGAAACAGCAUGCAGAUCUUAAUACUUCUUGCUGUCGUAUUGGGUGUAUCCCUGGCCGCCCCAAGCCCUGAUGUUUGCUCCAACAUCAACGCUACGACUAUUAAGUGUAUGACGGACAAUGGAUUUCCUCAGCAAGAAGCGCUCUCUCUGCAGAAGGCUGCCUUGAACGGAAACCUUGCAGCAAUGAACCUGACCCGCUUCUGUGGCGAUAAAAAAGAUGGCUACCUGAAAGGUGUGGAGUGUUUAAUGAACUCUGUGGCUGCGUGUAUCCCAUGGAUCACACAAAUGGCAGAAGGCUUGGACUUCAAAAAGGUGCUGGAUGUGCAAUGUACUGACAAAAACUUCAAGAACAACUGCCUGGGCCUGAUUAAACUGCCUGCUAAUCACGCUAUUGUCCUGAACUGUUUCAAGAAAGAGUUUGAACGUCUGAAGGAAUCGUCUCUAGACCAGAGAAUGUGUGAGGCGGCCAAGAGCAUCUACGUGUGCGAGGAUGCCAUUGUGAGGCCAUGCGAUGUGUACACCGCUGACGUGUACAAACAGUUUGUUGACCCUUUCAUGAAGAGGGACUGCGAUAACUUUCACUUGGACGUUUUCGGGUGAAUGUGACAACGAGUCCAGGACGAUCAGGGUAUCAAAGGAUCAAAAGGAAAUGCUCAACACACAAGGAAAUUGGAUUCUUUCUUCAAAAUCAAAUCAGAAUUUUGUCGGUCUUCUCUCGGGGACUCAAAAAUGUUCCCGCUACUUUGAAUUUUUCAGAGCCCAAAUUAGAUUGAAACAAAUUUGGAUGGAUAAUAAAUCACCAUUACUUUAAACUCUCCCCCCCCCCCCCUUUCCUUUUUUUGUUCUCCUUUCCACGUGGU